CAAGUGAUCAAUAGCACCAACUACUGGAAUCUUUAUGCAGGGUACUUCAAGGACUGGAUGUGCCAGGAAUUUGUAAGGCUUGGUGAUGGCGCUCCUCCUCAGGAUGGCACUGGUGUUCACCGUCAGUGCUAUGAGCUCUUCAAGAAAAGCUAUCCAGACACUUAUCAGGAUAUCCUUGAUACCUACAGAGAACUCAACAUGCUGACAGAUAAUCAAACCAUUGUGCAAGCAAGGGUUUGA